AUGGGCAAUCUCUGCUCCCGCUCCGCCAACGAGCCAGACCCCUUCUCCCGACCCGGUCGCGUCGUCGGCACCACCCCCUCCGCAGGCGCAAACGCCUCCGCUCCCCGCGCCCCGCUUCCCGCCAAAACGAACUGGAAGGGCACGCCGGGCCGGACACUGGGCGAGAGUGCAACGGGACAAAGCACCGAGGGGGGCAGUGAUGAGGCGCGGAGCAAUGCAGCGAUAGCGGCGCAGAAACGCGCUGAAAGCAGCUCCACGGCGAACAAGGGCAAACUCGGUUCCAAACUCGCGGCGCAGAAGGCGCAGACGCAGUCGCAGACUCUGGGUGAGGUCAGUCGCACGGAGAGGGCUGCGCGUGAUGCGGAUGGAGCCGAGGCGGCGAGGAGAUGGGAGUAA